CUUUUUUGUUGUGUGCCAAAAAAGUCACCUCGUUCCAACUAGCUGCAACCAUGGUGCGGUCGGCGAGCCGUUCUGGAUGGUCCAUUUUUCAUGUGGUUUUGGCGAUGCUGCUGAGCUUUGAGCUGAAGCAUUUUGUCGCUCGCAGGUCGGGUCGCAGCAGUGGUCAACCCCUUGGGGCAGUGGCAGGCUCGCGGGGCGCGCCGCCCCCGGGCUUUUCCGAUGCCUUCGGAUCCGCGGAGAGGUUCGAGGGCUAUCAGCCUUUGGAUCGCUCGGGCUUUGGGGAUGGGCCGGUCCCAACGGCCACCCGCGCGUGGUUCUAUGCGUUGACCAACAUUCGCAUCCGAGAAAAAGCCGAUGUGUCCUCCAGGGCACUGGGCACCGUGAUUCGCCAGGGCGAAACCUUCGAGGCCGGGACUGCUAGCGCUUGGCCAGGUCAGAAAUACUUGAAGCUGGCAAAGCAGCCUGGGUGGGUCUUCACCCGGGGACUCAGCGGCGACUGGAAGGGUCGCGAAAUCGCGAAGCGGAGCCCCUGAGUGGCGCGGGGCGCCUGGCGGUACUGUCCGCGAACUCUCGCGAGGCCACGCAGGUCGUCACCGGACGUGGCUGGUGACGCUGCCGCUGGUCGUCCCCAGACGGGCUGAUCCGAUGAAGCGAAGAUCCAAUGAACGCCACGUCUGGAAGCAGGGGAAAAACGGGGCUAGGAGCAAGGACGCUACUAGGGACAUCAAGCUCCAACAAGGUCCCUUUCGAGGGAGAGAUGUGGUCCUUCCAUGGGGUAAACCAUCGGAUCACCCGGUCCUGGGAUCCAACGUGGCUCAGCGUUUGAAUCGUUUCUUGCUUGAGCCUGGAAAAUCUUUGAAUGGUGGAUCAAGGCCCGGUCACGUGC